UGUAGAUGUACUAUAUUAUCCACAGAGAAUAUUAAAUCCAUUACUCUUAAGCUUUAACUAUAUGCCAAACAAUUAUUUCAUUGAUCUAAAGUACAAUCGAACACGUGUUUCAAAUUCAUUUUUAUUAUUAAUUCAAUCGUUUAUAAAGAAAUCAUUUUAAUAUGAUUAAAACCAACAAUAGGGAGCCAAACAUUUUGGUGACAGGUACACCAGGUGUUGGUAAAAGUUUAAUGUGUCGUAUGUUGUCAGAAAAGACAGGAUUAGUUUGGUUAGACGUUAGUAAAUUAGCUAUUGAACAUGAAUGUUUAGAAGAAUAUGAUGAAGUAUAUCAAUGUCCAAUCUUGGAUGAAGAUAAGUUGCUUGAUGUGAUGGAAAAUGUUAUGAGUGAAGGUGGAAAAAUAGUAGAUUAUCAUGGUGCUGAUUUUUUUCCAGAAAGGUGGUUUGACAUUGUAUUUGUUUUAAGAACUGAUAAUACAAUUUUAUAUGAUCGUUUAGUGGAACGAGGAUAUACAGGGAAAAAAUUAGAAGACAAUAUUGAUUGUGAAAUAUUUCAAACUAUUUUAGAAGAAGCUAAAGCUUCAUAUAGAACAGAAAUAGUUCAUGAAUUGACGAGUAAUACUAUGGAACAUGUUAUAGAUAAUAUAAAUAGAAUAUGUCAAUGGAUUGAACAAUGGAAGAUAGACAACCAAGAAUCAUAAAAUAAGAUUUAUAUACAAUAUUUUUUUAUAAUAUAA